AUACUCUCUCCUACAGCUUCUGCUAUACUACUAUUAUAAGCUGGAAGCUGUCAGGAUUUUAGACAUGGCUUCAAAAACCUCAGCAUCAGUUGCCCUCUUCUUUGCACUCAACAUUCUCUUCUUUUCCGUAGUCACUGCAUGUGGCUCUUGCCCAAAACCAAAGCCACCCCCGGGCUCAGGCUCGGGCUCAGGCUCAGGCUCAGGCUCGGGCUCUGGCUCUGGCUCUGGCUCCGGCUCCGGCUCCGGCUCCGGCUCUGGCUCGGGCUCGGGCUCGGGCUCGGGCACGGGCAGAGCUUCUUGCCCCAGGGAUGCUCUUAAACUAGGUGUUUGCGCUAGAGUGCUUGGUUCCCUGCUGAAUGUGACGGUUGGCACACCACCUGUAACUCCAUGCUGCACUCUCAUUCAAGGCCUUGCUGAUCUUGAGGCUGCAAUUUGCCUUUGCACUGCCAUCAGAGCCAACAUUUUGGGUAUCAACCUUAAUCUCCCUAUAUCACUCAGUUUACUUUUAAAUGUCUGUUCUAGGAACGCUCCCUCUGGCUUCCAGUGUAACUAAUAAUAUUUUUAUUUCUUUGUUUCCAUGUUCUAAGAUUAUGAAUUAUGUGUUAUCGUGGUUUACUGCUUGUUUAACUUUCGUUGUAAUGGUUUACUGGUAUUCUGAUUGUGGGCUGAUAGUGAAUAAGUUUGUCUUGUUUCCCUUGUUAGUCAUCACUAUUGUGUACUUCUCUGGGAAAUAAUAUUCAACAUGGUUUAUACGUGUUUAUUAUAAAUAUUUCAAUUGUUGUUU